AUGCCGUGCUACACGACCAACAAGACCUCGACCACAUACAUCCGCCACACGGAAGUGGAAGAGACCAAGAUGUGUUUCCGCGCCGAGCCGUCAAAGAAGUACUACUACCACGAGAAGGUCAUCCCCGUGCGGCAGCACCACGGCGGCCACCAUCACCACGGGCAUCAUCACUCCAACCGGUCUUCGGUGCCGAGCGUCGCCUACUACGGCAGCUCGAAGAGCUCGUACGGCGGUUCUAGUUACCGUCCGAGCGUGUGCGAGCCGGUCGUGUAUCAGCGGACGAGCCAGACGCGGUAUCUCCGCUAG